AUGUCCAUCAUCUUAUUCCUAAUACUUUCAAUUGUUCAAUAUUCCAUCGGCAUUUCGAUUGCUGCUAUUAACGAUGCAAUAACGCUCGAACAAUAUCAACAAGUAAAAUUGGGAUGGACACGAGAUCAAGUGACACAAUUUGUUGGUGGUCCUGGAGGAUUGGUAAUAUCAGUACCAGAAUCACCAUCUGAUCGAAAUAAUAUUAUUGUACAAUAUAAAGGUUUAAUACCAUCCAAUGUAUUACAAAGACAGUCUACAGUGGUAUUUUCAUUUUCUAAUGGAAUCCUAUGGAAAAAGAAGCAAAACCUGCUUGAUCUAACAUCAAAUUAUAUAAUAACAAAAGAAAAUUAUAAUCAAAUAGAAACUGGUUGGACAUAUCAACAAGUAACAUCAACUAUUGGAAGUAAAGGAAAUGUUAUAGAAGAAUCAAACAUUUGGCCGAAUAUAACAUUAAUGACUGUUGCAUAUCAAGGCGAAGACCAAGAAGGACUUGGUUAUAUUCAACUUGGAUUUAUGGAUGGAAAAUUAGGAUCUAAACCAACGUAUGGAUGGGUAUCUAUCAAUCCAAAUACUCCCAGAUCCACUCUUACACCAACAACGAAUGAUUUUCUACCAACUGAUCGAAUAACAGUUGAACAAUAUCAACAAGUUCAAUUUGGAUGGACACGUAAUCAAUUGACACAGUAUGUUGGUAGUCCAGGAAAAGUUAUACCAUCACCUAAUUCAAAUACAAUUCUUGUUCAAUAUCAAGGUCCAUCGCCUGAUAUAACUGCUAUAGCAGGGUUUGCCUUUCUAAAUGAAAUAUUGUUUACAAAAUCGCAAUUGCACUUCGAUUUUACAGCAAAUUAUAAGAUAACAAAAGAACAAUAUAACGUCAUUCAAAUUGGAUGGACUUAUCAGCAAGUAAAAGCAGCUCUAGAAAAUCAAAAGGGAAAUGUCGUAACAGAAUCUAGUACAAAUGGGUAUACAUCAAUGGUAGUUCAAUAUACUGGUAUCAAAGAUCAACAGCAAAUGGAAGAUGCGAUCGUUACACUUGGAUUUUCAAGUGAGAAAUUAAUUACUAAAUCACAAUACGGAUGGUAA